CAUUAGCCCACUGUUGUCUAUUGGUUGGUAUACUACUUUUUUUUUCUAAUUUUACAUUAACACUACUGCAACCACACUUUCACGGCAUACCAUAACAACGAGGAGGGAUCGAAGUGCUUACACACCCGCGCCAACAUUUCUAUUGUUUGUUUACAAUAGCCAAUUAUCUCGAUCGCUGCCUACUAUCGUAACUAAUAAAUGACUUUCUCCCACUCAGUAAAUGUACUCUUCAUAGUCUUACUAAAGCCGCCUGGUAUGAUUAAUCUUUUUUAGUGUAAGAUGGAGUGAAAGGAUCUUCAAGUAUAUCCGGCAAUUGCAAAUUGUUUAAUUAAAUGCUUUUUUCGCAUUUAAUCUUGCACUGUUGCUAUAUAAAAGUGGGAGGUAGUUGCGCCUUCAAUAUUGAUACGGGGUACAGUAAAAUAAGUACCAUAUAUAUCCAAUUGAUACACAUCUCCGUUGUAUAUGGUGGCUCAUGUCUUUGCUACAUAUGUUUCUAGUUGCUACUACUUUUUUGAAAAGGGCGCUUUCAGAUCAAAUCUUACCGUUACUACCUAAAAUACACAUACAUAUACAAAUUCAAACAUAUAUUGAUCUAUGCUAUCAAUAGUCGUACACAAUCUCGUUAGAAGAGCAUUAACUUUGGAUGUUUUCGUGUCUCGCUAUAGUUAUUGAACAUCAGCUCAUAUUGCAUGCCUACUUGACAUAUGUAGUCGCUCUAUUCCGUUACUCUAUGCAAGUGGUAAAUGAUGUGG